UAUAACACUUAGUUGUUGGUAAUAGAUAAUACAUAAUGUCUUGAAGUACCUACGCACUUAAUGCAUGUAGGUUUUACCUAGAUAAAAUACAAUACAAUAAGAGGAAGUCGAUGUAUACGUAUAAUAUUUGAUCACAUAUGGACUAUAUAGAAAUUACACAAGUAUCGAGAGUCAGCUACUGCUGAACUGAUUUAUUGUAUCCAUUACAUAUUUUUAUUUUAAGGUAUUUUUACGAAAGUAUAUGGAAUGGAGCAUCAACAUAAACAACACUAUGCGGCGGCAGCUGUAACUGUGGCUGAAAAAAUGAUUGAAUCCAAAGUUUUUGGACCUGACAGCGUGUUCGUGUCCUUCAAACUUGACAGGUGGCACACCGAACCGAAUCAAUUCUGUUCGGUAGUGCUGUACGGGACGAUGACGGUCAGCGACCGAGACUGCCGCAAUCAGAUUCAUCCGCUAGUGUUUAAGUUCAAGCACAUAAAUCCCGAAAAGCGGGAGUUUUGCAUGAACGACCAACAGUUCUAUAACGAGAAGUUGUUCUACGAACAAAUCACUCCAUUUCUGUUAUCGUUUGUUUCACCAAGGGAUGACGAUUGUUCCACGACACCGUCGUUAUGCCGUUACUUCUACGGCCGCAACGAUUUCGGUGACCUAGCGGAUCGGGAUCUGAUCGUCUUGGGAAACGAAACAGUCCGUGGAUACAGAUCAGCGGUGAAUGAUCAUCGGUUGACUUUGGAUUAUGAUCAUAUGGCCAUAGCUGUACGGACACUGGCAAAGUUUCACAGCUUGUCUUACAGAGCAAAACAUGGGGAUCGAGUCAAAUUCAUAGAACUGGUGAACAAAGUGGCGGAAACGCAAUGGAGUGCGGAGGGCAAAUGGUACCUCAGUAGUAAAGUUCUCCAAGGACUGUUUUCAACUGCGUUGGAUAUGCUGGAGGAGCGACAAGAUGACAGCGGUGGAUAUAAACAAAGGCUGCACCGGUUCCGGGUAGAACUAUUGGCCGACCCAGUAGAGACGAUGAAGCAUGUGAUGGAGCCGGACGAACCUCUGUCCGUCCUGUGCCACAGCGAUUUCGGCCGCCAUAACUUAAUGUUCCGGUAUGACGGUGAUGGCCGGCCGACGGACGCGCUCCUGUAUGAUAUGGCUCUCAUCCGGUACGGGUCACCGGCACUAGAUUUGUCGCACUUCAUGUACUUGAACAUGGAUCGCCAGACACGGGAUGAUCACUGGGACGAUCUCCUUGACGUCUAUUGCGAGACGUUGGCUUCUGUGGCCGGUAGCGCUCCGGUACCGGACCGCAGUCAGCUGGACACUGAAAUGACCAAAUACGCAUAUUAUGGUCUUGCGGAAGUUUCUAUGACAUUACGAGUCUUGUUAGAGGAGCAGAAACAGGUCGACUUGUCCGAGUUGGCUGGCUUGACUGAAGACGAGACUCUGCAAUUUUGGCUGUCGUGUGGUGGCAAAAGAGCUACUGAAUGGACAGCUGACAUUCUCCAACAUUAUCUGGACGUGGUCUUCAUCGAUGUAGUAGCGGAUUGAGCUACACAUAGAUACAACAUUGGAUGGUGGCAUAUUUGAAAUAUUUAUAUCAGCAUCUUCUAAACAUAUUGAAGUUUUAAAAAUAUGUUUGCUCUUUUUAUGUCGUUUGUAGGCUUAUGCAAUUUUCGACUUCAUAAUUUUGUGUGUAAAAAAAAAAUGUUAUAACAGUACAUAUUUUGUCAACUUAAUAAACAAUGUUAUUAUUCGAUUGAA